AAACCGAACUAAAAAAAAUUGAACAACAAGUAGAAAAAUGCUUAGAUACUUUACGUACUGAAUAUAAUAAGAACGCUACCUUAGACCAAAAAAUGAACGAACUAUUUGAAUUAUUUUUAAACAGUUUAAAAGCUCUUAAAGAAGAAAAUGAAAAAUUAAAAAAACAAUUAAAUGAUAAAAACAAUGAUAAUAAUACACUAAACCAACAGUUAGAAAAUUGUAAUAAAGAAAAAGAAUCAUUGAAAAAUACAAACGAUAAAUUAAAACAAGAACUAAAAAAAUGUAAUAAAGAAAAAAAAACCUUACAAGAUAAAAAUAAAAAACUCGAAGAUGAAAUUAACAAACUAAAAGAAGACCUAAAAAAAUGUAAAGAAAAUGAACUAAAUAAAAACUUCGUAAACGAAAAUAAAGAAUUGAGAAAACAAUUAGAUAAAUGUAACCAAGAUAACGAACAUUUGAAAGAGGGAAUUACAGUAUUAAAAGAGAUGGUAAAAAAAUAUGAACUAAACCGAAUCAUAAAUGAAUUAGAAACUCUAAAAAAUAAAAAUAAAACCCUUAUUGACGAAAAUAAUAAUUUACAAAAUAUCGAUGAAAAGUGUAAACAAAUCACUGAAGAAAAUGAAAAACUUUUAAAAGAAAAUAAAGAAUUAACAGAAAAAAACGAUAAAAUAGUUCUUGAUGUAUAUGGAAAUCAAACUUUAUUUAUUUAUGAACAAUUGAUUAAAGAAAUAACAGAAUUGAUAAAAAAUUUAGAUAAAAAAAUCGAUACUAGUUUAACUUUAUUAAAAAUCAACUUUUCUGAUUCUGAUAAAAAUAAAAUAGAUAAAAUCGUUUUAGCUAGCAAAAACCUAAAAACAAUUCAAGAAUGA